AUGAAGAAUUUAAAAAUUUACAAAUCAAGUCUAAGCCGCAUUCAACUACCAAAAGAUGCAACAUCAGCUUUGAUAAUUAAUUAUGGUGAGUUUUGUUAUGCAACAAAUAAUGCUAUUUACCGUUCAAAUAGUGAUCUUCAGCAUCAACUAGCUGUAUACGAUAACUUCUCUAUGGUGAUAGACCUUUCAACAACAAAAAUGUAUAUUGAUCAAGAUGUUCAAAUUGUAUCUUAUGCAUACAAUACUCCGUGGAAUUCAUUUGUUGUUGGUUGUUCAAAUGGUGAUGUUCUUUUAAUACAAGAAAAUAUUGUAGAAGUUGCUUUCAAAUGUGAAGAUGUAGUGGCUACCAUACUAUGCAGUCCAGAUUUUGAAAGAAUUAUUUUAUUAACUGAACAUGGUCAUGUUACUUUAGUGACUGAGUGCUUUGAAGUCCUAAAUAAUUUUAAUAUUACUGAGACAAGUCUUGCUGAAAAAACAUUGGUAAAUGUUGGUUGGGGUAAAAAAGAAACUCAAUUUCAUGGAUCAGAAGGAAAAGAUAAAAGACAUGUGAAUGAAGUUAUAGGAGAUGGAGAUUGUGCUGAUGAUUCGGUAAAUGUUUGUUGGAGAUCUGAUAGUUUAUUGUUUGCAAUUGGAUAUUUUAAUAAAAUAACCAAUUUAAGAUCAAUUAAGAUAUUUAACAGAGAUGGAGUUCUACAGUCAAUAAGUGAACCUCUUUCAGGUACCUACAUAUUAUUACUUAAGUUACUGUGUAUAAUUAAAAUUUAAUUUAUUGUUAGGAAUAGAAGCUGUAUUAAGUUGGAAAACUACUAAAGAACUAAUAUCAUUUUCUCAACAUAUCAAUGAGAAAUAUUGCAUUAGUUUUAUGGAAAAAAAUGGACUUAAACAUGGAGAAUUUUCUAUUCCAUCUACAAUCAAUGUUAGUAAAAACAUCUAAAUACAAAAUAUGUAUACUUAACACUGUUCGUUUAUUUAUUUUUUAAAUAAUAGGUAAAACAGUUAUUGUGGAACCAUGAUUCUUCAAUAUUGUGUAUUCAGUGUGUCAAAUCAAAUAAUAAUUAUUUAUUAUUUUUAUCAUGUACAAAUUAUUCAUGGCAAAUUAAAAAAUGGUUGACAGUACAUGACAAAGUAAUAACUGUAAAAUGGUUACCAGACAAUAGUUUACAACUAAUUACUGCUGAUGGUACUUAUUACAUAUUGCAUUGGGUUGAAACUUUGUGUUCAUCAAGUUCUGGAACUCUGGAUUGGGUUGCUGUCAUUGAUGAUUGUAAGUUUAUAAUUUUAAAUUAGUUAUAAAUAUUUUCCUAUUAAUUGUUUACCUGCUUAAUUUUUAGGCUCUAUUUUAUUAACACCAUUCAAACAAGUUAUUAUACCUCCUCCCAUGUUUGAUGUCAAAUUAAUCUUUGAAUGCCAUGUAGACAGUGUAUUAUAUUUACCUCACAAUCAAAAGUAAGUUAUAUAUAUUUGUUUUGCUGUAUCUACACGCUUGACCAUGGUAUCAUAAUAUAUGCCAGACUAUGGUCGGUAUAAUACACACCUGACUAUGGUCGGUAUCAUAAUAUUAUCGACCAUAAUCUUGUUCAUAGACUAAGAAUGUAGUUUUAAUAUAAGCCGUGAAACAUUUUCGGAAAAAAUCUAUUCAUCUUUAACACUUGUUAGAUGAGAUACUAUCUUGUAAAAUACAUUUUUGACAGUAUAUUUCUAGGCUAAAAUACUGUUUUAACAAAAUAUUUCUAGAUAUUUUGUGAUGCCCUGCUAAGGAAAAAAUAAUUACUUAAUAUAAACUAUACCUACAGCAGUGAAACAUUAUUUCUAAUAAGACAAUAACCUUUGCACACAAGAAGGUAAGUACUGGUUUUUAUAGUAAAUAUAGAUAUAUAAUACUUGAAUUAUUAUGUUAUAUAAAUUUAAUUUAAUUGGUUUAAACCCCUUCAUUGAUGAAUCCUGGGUAUAUGCCACUGUUUUUUUGAUACAUAAUUAAAAUUAUCUGCUCGAAAAAGUUUUAAAAAUAUAAACAAAAUACCCGAUGGCUGAUAAUUAUUGGAAACAACAGAAACCUAAAAUAUAUAUAUUUAGAAACUUAAACCUAAUAUAACCUAUUAAAAAAAUAUAAGAAAAAAAAUACUGAUUUUAUUAAAAACAAUUUUUGAAAAUAUUGGACUUUUUUAGGAAUACUUGUUAUUUACUAAUAAUCUUGGCAAAGGACUUGAUGAAUAUCAAGAUAACACAAUAUCCUGACCCAUUCCUAAAAUUAGUAGUGUGUCGUGUCCCGUCUAAAUCGUUAUAACCUUGGUGUGUCUGUAUAGAUAGUAUGUGUAAGCAUCUAUUUUGUAAUAUAUUCACAAAUAUAAAUAUUUCAUAAUUUUGAAAACUGUUAGAUAUUAGGUAUUCAAUUUUGUUUUAUUAAUUCUGAUAAUAUUAUUAUUUUUAUUAUUUUAGAUUCUGAAUGUAGGUAUUGAUUUUACAUUGAUGUUUAUUUUUUUUGUUUUCUAUAAGCAACUUUUCUAUCUAAAAUGUUGCUCAGAUUUUCAAGUAUAGUACCUUUUCUGAAAAGAACAUUUUUUAAUUUUUCAAACGGUUUUCAUAAUAAUUGAGAAAAACGGGAAAAUUUACAUACAUAAAAUAUAAAAGAAACUUGGCUCCAAAUUAUUUUUCUUUAACAAUGGUUUAUCAUUGGGUAAAAAACAAAUUGAAUUUCUCUCUAUAUCCUAUCUUUCCGACUUCUCACCUACAACAGUGACCCACCCAUUUUACAAAGUAUGUCAGUCUUUUUUUUAUUUAUAAUACUUUGUAUAAAUUGUUAUUCCAUUGUAUAUUAUUGUUUAUUAACAUUUUCCGUGUCACAUAAUACGUAUUACCUACAAGUACUACUGAAAUUUGUAAAUAAAAGCUUAUAUCAAUUAUUUAACAUAAUUUUUAAAUAUUCAUAUUCUCAUCCAAUAUUGUAUAAUACAUUUUAGUAAUGGUAAUAUUAUAAUGUAGUAAGGUACUAAGGUUGUAUUCGUUUUUCAAAUGCAUUAAUUUGUCCGCGUUUUAGUUUAAUAUUGAGGUUAGAAGUUUAAACCUAACCUAUAAAAUUGUAUAUACUCUUUGGAAGUGAUGUUUAAGUAGAAGUGGAAAUUAUUUUAUCAUUUUAUGUCUAAACGGAUAUGAAAAUAGUUUGUGUUUAUAAACACGAAACAGUGCUUUUGCUGUUCGUAUUAUUUUUUACUUCUGUUUUACUUGUUUAAAUUUUAAGUAAAAAAAGUGGUAUUAUUUAAUCAGUAUGUAUGAUUUGGGAGAUGAUGAAUAUGAGGAAGAAGAGGAGACUGAAGAAAUUUCCAGUGAACUUUGGCAAGAAGCUUGUUGGAUUGUAAUUAAUUCUUAUUUUGAUGAAAAGGGUCUGGUAAGACAACAAUUAGAUUCAUUUGAUGAAUUCAUUCAAAUGUCUGUGCAACGUAUAGUUGAAGACUCUCCUCAAAUAGAAUUACAAGCUGAAUCCCAGCAUACACAUGGUGAAAUUGAUACCCCAACUAAAUAUCAAAUUAAGUUUGAACAAAUUUAUUUAUCAAAACCUACUCAUUGGGAAAAAGAUGGUUCACCAUCUCCUAUGAUGCCCAAUGAAGCUAGGUUACGAAAUUUAACAUAUUCUGCCCCAUUAUAUGUGGAUAUUACAAAAACUGUUAUUAAAGAUGGUGAAGAUCCAAUUAUUACCCAGCAUUCUAAAUCAUUUAUAGGUAAAAUUCCUAUUAUGUUAAGAUCAACAUAUUGUCUUUUAUUUGGAUUAAAUGAUCGUGAUUUGACAGAAUUAAAUGAAUGUCCGUUAGAUCCUGGUGGUUAUUUCAUUAUAAACGGAUCUGAAAAAGUAUUGAUAGCACAGGAAAAAAUGGCAACAAAUACAGUAUACGUAUUUAGUAUGAAAGAUGGAAAAUAUGCAUUUAAGGCUGAAAUAAGGUCUUGUUUAGAACAUUCAUCUCGUCCAACUUCUACUCUUUGGGUUAAUAUGAUGGCUCGUGGUGGUCAAAGUAUUAAAAAAUCUGCGAUUGGCCAAAGGAUAAUAGCUAUUUUACCCUACAUUAAACAGGAAAUACCUAUUAUGAUUGUAUUCAGAGCUUUAGGAUUUGUAGCUGAUCGUGAUAUAUUGGAACAUAUAAUUUAUGAUUUUGAUGAUCCUGAAAUGAUGGAAAUGGUAAAACCGUCUUUAGAUGAAGCUUUUGUUAUACAAGAACAAAAUGUUGCAUUAAAUUUUAUUGGUUCUCGUGGAGCAAGACCAGGAGUAACUAAAGAAAAACGUAUUAAAUAUGCUAGAGAAAUUCUUCAAAAAGAAAUGUUACCUCAUGUGGGUGUAUCUGAUUUUUGUGAAACUAAAAAAGCAUAUUUUUUGGGAUAUAUGGUUCAUCGUCUUCUCUUAGCUUCACUUGGUAGACGUGAAUUAGAUGACAGAGAUCAUUAUGGUAAUAAGCGUUUAGAUUUGGCUGGACCAUUAUUAGCAUUUUUAUUCAGAGGUUUGUUCAAAAAUUUAAUGAAGGAAGUACGUAUGUAUGCACAAAAAUUCAUUGACCGUGGAAAAGAUUUUAAUUUAGACUUAGCUAUUAAAACAAAACUUAUAACUGAUGGCUUGAGAUAUUCAUUAGCUACAGGCAAUUGGGGUGAUCAGAAGAAGGCCCAUCAAGCAAGAGCAGGCGUUUCUCAGGUAUUAAACAGACUUACAUUUGCUUCAACAUUAUCACAUUUAAGACGUGUUAAUUCCCCUAUUGGACGAGACGGUAAAUUAGCAAAACCUAGACAGUUGCACAAUACUCUAUGGGGCAUGUUAUGCCCUGCUGAAACACCCGAAGGAGCUGCUGUUGGUUUAGUAAAAAAUCUCGCUUUAAUGGCUUACAUAUCUGUUGGUUCUCAACCUUCACCAAUUUUGGAGUUUUUGGAAGAAUGGAGCAUGGAAAACUUAGAAGAAAUUGCUCCUUCAGCUAUUGUUGAUGCAACUAAAAUAUUUGUUAAUGGAUGUUGGGUUGGUAUUCAUCGUGAUCCUGAACAACUUAUGGGUACUCUUAGAAAAUUGAGGCGUCAAAUGGAUAUUAUCGUAAGUGAAGUUAGUAUUAUUCGUGAUAUUCGUGAUCGUGAAAUAAGAAUUUAUACAGAUGCUGGUCGCAUUUGUCGACCACUACUUAUUGUUGAAAAUAGUAAAUUGUUAUUAAAAAAACGUCAUAUUGACAGUUUAAAAGAACGUGAUUACAACAAUUAUGGAUGGCAAGUGCUUGUCUCUAAUGGUGUUGUAGAAUAUAUUGAUACAUUAGAAGAAGAAACCACAAUGAUUGCUAUGUCUCCUGAUGAUCUAAGACAGGAAAAAGAGUAUGCAUAUUGUACAACUUACACCCAUUGUGAAAUUCAUCCAGCUAUGAUAUUAGGAGUAUGUGCAUCUAUUAUUCCAUUCCCUGAUCAUAAUCAAAGUCCUAGGAAUACAUAUCAAAGUGCUAUGGGUAAACAAGCUAUGGGAGUCUACAUAACCAACUUCCAUGUUCGGAUGGAUACAUUGGCUCAUGUUCUUUAUUAUCCACAUAAACCUCUUGUAACAACUAGAUCUAUGGAAUAUUUACGUUUUAGAGAACUUCCAGCUGGUAUUAAUUCUAUUGUAGCCAUUUUAUGUUAUACUGGUUACAAUCAAGAAGAUAGUGUGAUAUUGAAUGCUUCUGCAGUAGAAAGAGGAUUUUUUAGAUCGGUGUUUUUCCGUUCUUAUAAAGAUUCUGAAUCUAAAAGAAUUGGAGAUCAAGAGGAAGUAUUUGAAAAACCAAAUCGUCAGUCAUGUCAAGGAAUGAGAAAUGCUAUUUAUGAUAAAUUAGAUGAUGAUGGUAUAAUUUCCCCUGGUCUUAGAGUAUCAGGUGAUGAUGUAAUUAUUGGUAAAACAAUGACACUCCCUGAUAAUGAAGAUGAGCUUGAAGGAACUACUAAAAAGUAUUCAAAACGUGAUUGUAGUACAUUUUUAAGAAACAGUGAAACAGGUCUCAUUGAUCAAGUUUUAUUAACAUUAAAUUCAGAGGGUUAUAAAUUUUGUAAGAUUCGGGUCCGUUCAGAAAGAAUACCUCAAAUUGGUGAUAAAUUUGCUUCAAGGCAUGGUCAAAAAGGAACAUGUGGAAUACAAUAUAGACAAGAAGAUAUGCCUUUCACUUGUGAAGGAAUUACACCAGAUAUUAUUAUUAAUCCACAUGCUAUACCUUCUCGUAUGACAAUUGGGCAUUUAAUUGAAUGUCUACAGGGAAAAGUAUCUGCUAAUAAAGGAGAAAUUGGUGAUGCUACACCAUUUAAUGAUGCUGUCAAUGUACAAAAGAUUUCAACUUUAUUACAAGAAUAUGGUUAUCAAUUAAGAGGAAAUGAAGUUAUGUAUAAUGGCUUUACUGGAAGGAAAAUUAACGCUCAAAUAUUUUUAGGGCCUACUUAUUAUCAACGUCUUAAACACAUGGUAGAUGAUAAGAUUCAUUCAAGAGCUAGAGGACCUGUUCAAAUUUUAGUACGACAGCCUAUGGAAGGAAGAGCAAGGUAAAUUUAUUUAAAAAGUAAUAUUUUUUUCAAUGUAUAAUGAAUAAACAUUUUCAUAGGGAUGGUGGAUUGCGUUUUGGUGAGAUGGAACGUGAUUGUCAAAUAGCUCAUGGUGCAGCUCAAUUUUUACGUGAACGUCUAUUUGAAGUAUCUGAUCCAUAUCGUAUACAUAUAUGUAAUUUUUGUGGCUUAAUUGCUAUAGCAAAUUUAAGAAAUAAUACAUUUGAAUGUAAAGGAUGUAAAAAUAAAACACAAAUUUCACAAGUUAAAUUACCUUAUGCAGCUAAGUUAUUAUUCCAAGAACUUAUGUCUAUGAAUAUUGCUCCUAGAUUAAUGGUUACUAAUUAAAGUUUAUAUAACAGUUUUUUCUUAAUUUUUUGCAUUGUAUACUUAAAUAAAACAUUUAAAUAUUAUUCAACAAUUCAGUUUUGUAUUUAAUGUUAAUUUUAUUUUAAUAAAGUGCUUUAGAUAUAAUAAUUAACUUCUGAGUUUUUUAAAUAUAAAUUAUUGUGAAAAUGAAAUUUUAGACUUAAAUUUUCUAUUUUUAAUAUCCUUAAUAAAUAAUUUCCUAUUGUUUUAUAAUAUAAACAUUAUCAUUAAUGAAUAACGUAAACUUUGUUUUCAUUUGUAGAUUAAAAUUAAAAUUGUAAAAUGUACUUAUUUUUAUUUGCAGUAAAAAUGGAAAUGAUAUUUGUGUUGUCACUGAUGAUAGGUCUAUUCAUUUUUACAAUUAUAAAGAUGUGUUAUACACGAAAAGUAGUAAGUAUUGGUGAGACUUUAUAAUACUAUUAUUACUAGUAUUUUAUAGAUUGAUGAUAUUAUAUGUUAUAUUUGAUUUUUACCUAACAUGAGAGGUAAGCUUUUAGAUAUUUUAAAAUUAAUUACUACUAAAAAUAAUCCUUUUUAGUCUUAUCACUUUAUAUACAAAAACAAUUUUUAUUAACUUAAUAUUUAUGCAAUGUUAAUAAGUAUAUUUUCUAUUUCAUUUAUUUAUUAGCGGUAGUAAACCGUUACAUCAUGUCACAUCAUUUUGGCAUGAGACAAUUAAGUGCAUGCAACAUUUCGGUACAUGUUUUUUUGUCGCAACUACAUUUGAACAUGCUCACAUUUUGAAGCAUUUUUUUAUAGUUUUUUUAGUAAUUAUAUUAUUAAUGGUUUUUAUUUAAUUACUUUUUUUUUUUUUUUUAAUAAAUAUAUUUAUUAUUGGUAUGACAUUAUAUGAAAAAUAUGCUUUUAAGAAAUAUUAAGUUUUGUAAAAUACUAAAUAAAUUUUAAAUACUUCUAAUAAUUGAUUAUAAAUUGUAAUGUUUCAUGUGCCCAAUUGUCUUGUAGAGAAAUGUAUGUUUAAUACGCAAAAAAAAUAAUGCAGAUCCCAUCAUUUUAUACAUAACUAUGAAUUUUCAAAAACUUUCCUUAUAUCAAAUGUUUAGAAACUGCGCAUUUAUAUAAAAUAUUGUAUUAAAACUUUAACAAUCUGUGAUUAGAUUUAAAAAUAAUUUUUAUUUCAUUCGGUAAUUUGUUUUUACUUUAUUAUUUUGUUAUUAAUUAAAAAUUGUUACAAACUUUUUUAUUUUUAGAGACCAUUAACAGUAUACUUAAUGCUACUGGAUUGUGUAAUCAUUGGUUUUGGUUAAAUGAAAAUACUCUUAUAUUUAGUUUAUCAGAGGUUGGAAACUUCCAUUUCAUAUGUAUUCUUAAAGUUGAUAAUGAUUCCAUAAACAUGUAAUUUAAAAAAAAAAACCUAUAUUAUAUUAUAUUUAAUUUAAAUAGUUUCAAGUAUUGAAAUCAGUUAAUUUUUCAGAACUAAACACCCAGUUGAUCAACCAAUUGUUGGUAUUAUAAAUCAUAAGAAUGGUGCUCUAAUUCAAUUGUCUGUUGGAAAUGUAUUGUUAUGGAAUGAAGAAUUGAAUCAAAUUGACCCUCAUAUUAAUCUGCCUGAAGAAUGCACAUGUAUAAAUAUAAUGGACAACAAAAUCUAUGCUCUUGGUGUAUCAAAAAGACUUUUUGAAAAUGAUAAAGUUAUCCUAAACAAUAUAGGAUCAUUCUGUAUCCGUUAUCCUUUUGUAUUAGCUGCCACAUUGAACCAAGAGCUAAUUGUUCAUAAUAUAAAUCCCACCAAAGUAAUAUAGGUAAUUAAAACUUAUAAAUUUAGAAUAAAUACAAUUAUUCCCAUAUUUCAGGAUUCCAAUAAUCAGUAUCGUCGGCGGGUUGAAUCUGGUUCAAAAAUUAUAACAGUAACUGGUAAUUCAGUUAUAUUACAAUUACCAAGGGGUAAUUUAGAAACAAUACGACCAAGGCCUCUAACAAUUUUAUCAGCUAUUGAACUCAUUCAAGAACGAAAAUAUUUCACUACAUUUGAUCUUUUACGCAAGGAACGUAUAAACCUUAACAUAAUAUGUGAUUUAGAUCCUUUAAAAUUUAUUGAUGAUUUAGAUGAAUUUGUUAUUCAAAUAAAAGAUUUGUCUUGGAUUAAUUUAUUCAUUACUGAAUUAGAUGACAAAAAUUAUUUGAAUACUGUAUAUGCUUCUCAGUUUCAACAAAAUAUGGUGGAAGAAUUACCCAAUAAAGUCUUCAUAAUAUGCUCUCAAUUAAUAAAUACUUUAAACAAACUUGACACAGAUAAAUAUGCUUUUCCAUUACUUGGAUGUUAUGUAAAACUAAAACGUUUUGAUUUAGCAUUAAAUUUAGCAUCAACAAAUAAUGCAUUUUUAAAACACUUAUUAUUCUUAGUGGAUGUUGAUAAAUUAUACAAAACCUCACUUGCUGAGUAUAAUUUAGAAAUGGCUAUGCAAAUUAUAAGUUAGCAUUUGUUUUAUAUUACUAAUAAUAAUUUAUAUAUUUCAAUUCAUUUGUAAAAUUUGAAUAUAUUAUUUCACUUUAGAUAAUUCUCAACUUGAUCCAAAAGAGUAUGUACCAUUUCUAAAAGAAUUAGAAAAAAUGGAAUGUCAUUAUAUGCGUUUUACAAUUGAUGAUAAAUUAGGAAACAAAGAAUCAGCAGUAAAGAAUUUAGUACUUUGUGAGGGGCAGUUUGAUAAAUGGUUAAAAUAUGUUAUAGAUAAUAACCUUUAUGCUUAUACAUUAACUCUAUUUAAUCAGGACCAAAAUGAGUAAGUAAAAUAACAAAAAUAUUCAUACCUUAUUUCAGAUUAUGAACAGAAUGCAAACUAUUAAUUACUAUUUUAUUUUAAUGAUGUUUACACUUCUUAAUAAAAAAAUAAUUUUAGUCAACAUUUGUUAUUUUCCUAAUUAUAUUCCUUAUAAAUAUGUAAAUCAUUGUUAAAAAUAACUAUAAACAUAUUUUGUUUAAUUUUUUUACAGGUAUAAAAUAAUUGCAAAACAUUUUGGCGAUGUGUUAUAUUCUAAAAUGGAUUAUUUACAAGCAGCAUUAAUGUACAAUCAAAGUACUGAACGAAAGAAAGCUAUUAACUCUUACUUAAAAAUUGGAUUUUGGAAAGAACCUUUAGAGUUAUCCUAUGAAUUAAACUUUAGGUAAAUAGGUUUUUUGUCAUUCAUAUACCGUUUUUAGAUUUCAUUCAUUAUAGUAUAUGAUUACCUUUUAGUGAAUUGGAAAUGAAUGAAAUUAAAGCAAACAUUUUAUCUAUGUUAUCAUCUACACAAAAGUUUAGGGAGGCUGCUGAUUUUGCUGAAUUUGAGAUGAGAAACACUGAAUUAGCUGUGGAAUACUCCAUCAAAGCUCAAGAUUAUAUGCAUGCAUUAUAUUUAGCCCGAUCUAGAUCAAUACUAGAUACAUAUUUAGGUACAAACUAUUAAAAAAAAAUUUAAAUUAUUUGGAAUGUAUGACUAGUAAGAUGAAGUAUGCCUUAUAAUUAUAGCCAUACGUAAUUGAAUAACCACCUAGAUAUUUAAGAAUAUACUUACCUAUUGUCUUCUAAUUUAAAUUGGAAAAAAUGUUAUUGUACAUACGUUAAAUGAAUAAUUUAUUGUUAAGCUAUAAAUAAUAAUUAUUAUAUAAUUACUUGUAUGCAUUCUAUUUUCAGAAAAUAAUAUAAAAUUAGCUUGUAUAAAUACAACUCAAAAUCUAAUAUCUGAUAUUAAUAUACAACGUGAAAAAUUUGAAUCUUUUGUUAUACGCCUGCUAGAAAUUAAAGUAGACAUUUCUAAUGAAUCAAUGUCUUAUGGUAUGUUAAAUAUAAAAUUAUAAUGCAUAUGAUGUAUAUUUUAUUAUUAUUAUUUUUAUUUUUAGAUAACUUGAAUGAUACGAGUUCUGAAAUUAGUAGCGUAUCUUCUUAUCGUACAUCAAGGUAUUAUAUUUUAAUAUUUAUUAAAUAUGUAUUUAUUAUCAUUCAUUAUUUAAAUAAUUGCAUUUUAUAGUACAAGAACAAGUUGUAGAAGUGCUCGAAAACAACAGCGUAAAAUGUGGAAUUUAAAAAAGGGCAAUUUUCGGGAACAACCUACAAUAGUUUUGAAUUUGAAACAAAUUAUUGAAAAAUUUGAUAAAUUUAAAGGUUAUUUGUUUAAAUUGUGUUAUUAUAAUGUGUAUACUGUAUAAAUUAUAAUAUAUUUAAUGUUUAUUUUAUUUUUUUUAACAGAUGAUGUAAAGAGUAUGUGUAUUUUACUUAUAAAACUGGAGGAAUUUGAUCUUAGUGUUACUCUUCAGACAUCUUUGGAAUCUUUACAGACGUGUAUACUAAAAAAUAAAUCAAAUAUUUGGCCUGUUUUUGUAAGCUUUUAUUAAUGAUUAAUUCAGGGUUCGGAACUUAUAACACUUUAAAAAAUGAUAAUAAGCACUAAAAUAUUAAUUUUAUUAAUUUAUUAAUUAAUUAAUUAAAUAUGUAUUAAUUAUUAGUUUAAUGCUUUUAAUUAUUAUUCAAGUAGGUUCACAUUAAAAUUGACUUGACAAAUUGACAAAAUUAAUAUAUAAUUAUUAUCGGCUGCAAGCCAUGUUUAUUAGUUUCACGGGGAUUGUUAUGAUUUUAUAAAACUAUUAAUAUAUCUAUAGCUAGGGGGAACACUAAAGCAGUUGGAUUAUUAUCAGAGAUCCAGCAAUACCAUCUAUAAUAGCAGCCAUCUUCUAAAAAAUUUUAAAUAGGUAUUUUUUAAAAAUAUUAUUUAUAGUAUACAUUUUAUACCCACACUAAAAUUAUAACUAGCUUCAAGUUGUCGAAAACAUACAAUUAAAUUAAUGUAAAUAUUUUUUUUGCAAUUAGGUAAUUUGUAUAGUUUGAUUUAAUUUUUUUCAAAAUAUCAACAAAAAAAUAAGCAUUACUAUAAAGUUUAUGAAUUAUGCAAAACUAUGUAACUCAAAUUUCAGAUUUGAUACCAUGACAGCGAAAAAUGAAUAAAUGAAUUUAUUUCACACACUGCUAUAUUUUACAAUAAAUAAAACAAAUAAACAAAUACUAUAAAUCCCGAACCCAGUGAUUAUUGAUUACCAUAUAUUAUUAUCAUUCAUAAUAAUUGAAUUCAAAUUGGUAGUAAAAUAAUAAUAAUUUUUUUUUUCAGAAUGAAACUGAACAAAUAAUAGAAGGUAUACUAAUAAUGCUUAUUUUUUUGUUUAAGUUUAAUGAUAAUGUAUAAUAAUUUACUUUACAUUUGUUUCUAGAUGCUAUUCUUUUGAACCCUUUGAAAAUUCUACCCGACAAAAGUUGGAAAUUAUCAAUUUUGGAAUAA